AUGUGGAUUGAACUUUUUGAUUAUACAAAUGUUUUAGCUAUCCUAGCUGCCUCAAUAUUCUGGUUUUCUUUGCGAAGAAAACCCCAAAACUUUCCUCCUGGUCCCCGAGGUCUUCCUUUUGUCGGUUACAUUCCGUUUAUGGAGAAGAAUCCCGCAGAAACUUUUAUGAAAUUGAAAGAGAAAUACGGAUCGGUUGUUUCUGUUCAAUUCGGACAAGAAGAUUGGGUCAUUCUAAAUGAUUAUGACACCAUUAGCGAGGCAUUUGUAAAACAAGGACAAAAGUUUUCCGGGCGGCCAUACAAUCUUUAUUUCGAGCUGAUAACCAAAGGCCGCGGGUUCUUGACAAUGGAUUAUGGAUCAACAUGGAAAGAUUUGAGCAAAUUUGGCCAUGCCACAUUGAAAGAAAUGGGCAUGGGCAAGAAACGUAUGGAAACAAAUGUUAAUGAAGAAUUGAGAUUCUUGAUUGAGAGUUUGACAUCAAGCAACGGAGAGAGCAUUCGUAUGAAAUUGAAUCUCGCUGUAUCCAAUAUGGUUUGUCGGAUAGCGUUAGGUUCCAGGCUUGAAUACCACGAAAGCAAAUUCAAGCAUAUGAUCGAAACGUUUAUGAAACAAUCUGAAGACACUUCUCAUUCACAUAUGUUAUUUGCUGUUUCCUUGGCUCCCUUUUUACGUUUUAUUCCUCCGUUCAGCAAUGUUGUGAAAAUUACAUCUGAGGAAGCAGAGUGUCUUAUGGCAUAUCUACGUGAAUUUGUAGAAGAACACGAAUCGAACUUUGACGAUUCAGACAUCCGGGACUUUAUUGAUGCAUUUCUGAAUGAAAUGAAGAAACGAGGAAAAGAUGAUGAUGCUUUUAACAAAAUUCAACUCAUUAGAUACGUUCGUGAUAUUUUCCAUGCGGGAUCAGUUACAACCAGCGGAACGUUGACUUGGGGUUUGCUGGCUCUGGUCUGCUACCCAAAAUACCAAGAAAAAAUCGCAGGAGAAGUAUUGGCAAUCUUGGGUGAAGAAGGUGUUCCUUCAAUGGAGCAUAGAGAUAAAAUGCCUUACACCAGUGCUUUCAUACAAGAGCUAAUUAGACUUAAAACUUUGGCCCCCCUAGGUGUAUUCCAUAAAAACAACGAAGAAACUAAUAUCAAUGGAUACACUAUCCCGAUCAAUACAACGAUUGUUCCAAACAUCUGGGCAGUUCAUUACGACACCAAAUAUUUUGAAAAUCCGAGAGAGUUUCGACCUGAGAGAUUUCUCGACAGUGACGAAAAAUUUUGCAGAUCAAAUCACGUGAUUCCAUUUUCGAUCGGCCUUCGACAUUGCAUGGGAGAACAACUUGCAAGAAUGAAGCUAUUCGUAUUUCUGACGGGAAUUAUACAAAAGUUAAAAGUGUUGCCAGAUCCUGUCAAGCCCCUUCCUUCAUUCUAUAACGGUGCAUUUUGUAUGGGCACAUACGAGCCACCUCACUUCGAUGUUGUUUUUGAACGACGAUGA